AUGUCGCAACUGCUUCGCGCCGAGAACUUUCAAGACCGCCUCUUGUUUGCAAUCCCCAAGAAGGGUCGGCUCUAUGAGACGUGUCUGACGCUUCUGAGCGGCGCCGACAUCCAGUUCAAGCGCGCGCACCGCCUGGACGUCGCGCUCGUCAAGAACUUGCCCAUUGCGCUCGUCUUCCUGCCUGCCGCCGACAUCCCCCACUUUGUUGCAAACGGUGAUGUGGACCUGGGUGUGACGGGGCACGAUAUGGUGCAGGAGGCUGGCCCCGCGAUUUCCUCGGCGAUCACCGAGGAGCUCACACUCGGUUUCGGCAAGUGCCAGCUGCAGGUGCAGAUCCCGGAGAACAGCGAAACGAUCAAGUCAGUUGAGGACCUGGUCGGCAAGAAGGUCGCGACGAGCUUUGACCACCUCGCUGGCAAGUACUUUGAGGAGCUCGAGCAGAAGCUCGGAGUCAAGGAGAAGACCAAGAUUGCCUACCUCAACGGCAGUGUCGAGACUGCCUGUGCGCUUGGUCUCGCGGACGGUAUCGUCGACUUGGUCGAAUCCGGCGAGACGAUGCGGGCGUGCGGCCUGAAGCCGAUCGCUACGCUGCUCACCUCCGAGGCGAAGCUCAUUCGCCCGGUGACCCCCCACGCGCGCAGCAACAUGCAGCUCAUUUCGCUCAUCACCGCGCGCAUCCGCGGUGUGAUUGCCGCGUCGAAGUACGUCUUGUGCCAAUACAAUAUCCCCAAGGCGAGCCUGGCACAGGCCCUGUCCAUUACGCCGGGCCGCCGUGCGGCGACGGUGAGCACGCUCGAGGAGAGCGACUGGAACGCGGUGUCGAGCAUGGUGUCGCGUGACGAGGUCGCCAACAUCAUGGACCGCCUCGAGAGCGUCGGCGCGAGCGACAUCCUCAUCCUUAGCAUCGACAACUGCCGUGUUUAA